AAGUCAUAAGCUUGCUGAACGCCACUGAAGUAGGCGUAAUAUUUUCGUUUUGGCUUUCCAAAAAAACUGUAAAUCGGUUUGCGAGGCUUUUGAAAAGUUGGUAAAGACGACGUUGAAAAAGGCUAUUGAACAUUGAAAGCGAAUUGGAAAAGAUUAUAAGCGAAAAAGUGUAUGUGUGCAGAAAAAAUUCGCCGAGCUGCUCAAAUUCCGGCUGUCAAAAAUAAAAUCUAUUAGAUCGUUGUCUUGCUUGCGCGUAUUGUUUUCUCCCUGGUUUGUCAGCUUCCGACAAUCUGGAGUACUAUCUGCGCUAGUCACUCUGCAGUUGUCUUCAUAAGAAACGGAUAUUGAGUAGCCGUACUGCAUAAUCGACGUUGAAGCAGUCGAGCACCGAAGCGAAUCGAAACUGCUGCGUUUUGUCUUCGUGGUCGUUCGGUCUCAUUGGUCGUCGUUGUUCGUCAAGACAAAAAUUCAGUGCGAUUGCUGCGAGAAUUGAAAUCGUCGUACUCGUGGGUUUUAAACGGCAAAGAAGGAAAAAUUUUCUUUUUUAAUAUAAAUUUAAUUUUGUGCGCUGCGCUCCACACACAUUAAAAAUCAAAUUGCUACAAAAUGGCGUUAAAAAGAAUUAAUAAGGAACUACAAGAUCUGGGCAGAGAUCCACCUGCACAAUGUUCAGCUGGCCCAGUAGGCGAUGAUUUAUUUCACUGGCAAGCUACAAUAAUGGGACCGCCUGACAGCCCGUACCAAGGUGGCGUGUUCUUCUUAACAAUUCAUUUUCCAACAGAUUAUCCUUUCAAACCGCCUAAAGUGGCUUUUACAACGCGUAUCUACCAUCCAAACAUUAACAGUAACGGAUCGAUUUGUCUCGACAUUUUAAGAUCUCAAUGGUCGCCAGCAUUAACUAUUUCAAAAGUUUUACUAUCAAUUUGCUCUCUUCUCUGUGAUCCCAAUCCAGACGAUCCUCUUGUACCAGAGAUUGCAAGAAUAUAUAAAACCGAUCGGGAAAAAUAUAAUGAGCUGGCACGAGAGUGGACUAGAAAGUAUGCUAUGUGAUGCGUUCCAGUUCGUACUAUCGAUCCGUCAACUAGUAACAGCAACCAGUAUGGAACCAAUAAGAAGGAUUGCUAUAACAUCAUCAAUAACAACAACAACAACAUGGUAGCAGCAGCAACAAAAACGGCAUAGCGCUCUAGUUAAGCAAGGGUUUAAAUAUAGCAGAACCAACAACAACAGCAAAAGCAAACAACCACAAUGUGAAACAAUUCUUCUUCAGCAAAAAAAUAUGAAAAAUAUAUUAAACAAAAAACCAAUAAAAACUGCAUUAAUUCAAGAGUAAGCAAGAAUUAUGCGUAAAACAAGAAAAAACACAGAAAGCAAAGAAAUCUGCGUAUAAAUAAA